UUUACGGUUCUUUUCCGAGUCGGACCGGCGCAAGCAAUCGCUUCUGUCGGUACUGGUGUGUGUUGUUUUCGCCGAAAAAACAACAUUUUUGCCUGGAAAUUUGGUUCCGGAGUUUAAAAGCGUGUGUAAUCGGAGUAUGAACAAUCCCGACCUUUACGUUUCGAUGUCCCUCGACGACGUUAUCAAGCACCGGAGGAAGGAAGGUGGUCGAGGAGGCCGAGGAGGUCGUGGUAGAGGUGGCCGCGGCGGCCAGCAAAUGUAUCGAAACCAGAUGAUGCCUAGAGGCGGCCGCGGCGGCGGCUUUCCUCCAAGAAGUCCUGGCCGCAUUAUGAAACAACGAAUGCCCAACCAGGGCCCCCGGCAAAAUAUGCCCUUCAGGGGUGGGCGAGGAGGACCAAUGCCCCCACGAGGGUUCCCACAGCCACAGUUUUUCCAGAGAGGACGUGGGGCACCCCGUGGCCAAUUUGUUCCUCGCAUGCCUAGGGGUCUCACAACGAAUAAUCCCAUGAACGCUGGAGGCCGCAUGAGGGCCUGGAGUACUGAAGUCCCAAAUACCCAUCCAAUGCCGAACAUGGCACCGCCAAUGCGUGGUAGGGGCCGUGGAGGCCCGCGGGGUGCCAUGCGAGGCAGGGGACGUGGGGCCAUGCAGAACCGACGCAUGCCACAGUAUCAACAACAGCAAUUCCACCAGCAAAAUCAAUAUAUCGAGCCACAAUACCAGCAGCCACAGUUCCAGCCACCACCACCGCAGCCUCAAAUGCAACUGCGUCAGCAGCCGCAAAGGAUGAGGAAACCCAAUUUUACUCAGGCAGCUAAAGUGCAGAUUGCUCAGGAGUUGAAGAACAGCACUAAGACUGCUAGGAACCGCGUCCGACUUGCCGCACAGGUGCUCAUGCAGCGGAAACGACAGCUUGAGGAGCUGACGAUGCAAUCUGCUGAAGCCGACCAUCAGGUUAGCUUGAAACCACGUGGAGUGCGUUUGCAAGGCGCGACACAGCGUGUAACUGGUCUCCGCCGUGGUGGCGGUGUCAUGAAGCGUCAAGUGGACGCCCGAACGGCCAUCAAGCAAAAGAUCGUGCGUGCCUCCGUGAACCGCCAACGUAACCUUCAGCGCGCUCAGGGUCAGCAGAUGCAAAUGCAGCACCUGCCGCCACCGCCGCAGCCACCACAGCCGAUGCCAGCCAGGUCGCUUGCUGCUGCCGCCGUUCGUAGGGCGGCCGCUUACCGCCGUGGAGGCCGUGGCCGUGGAGCUAUGCGCGGUGGCCGUGGAGCAAUGCGCGGUGGCCCAAGGCUCACCCUGCACGAGAGGUUUAGCAACCAGUCAUAUUAAUUUCUUCUGCCAACGACAGUGGCGCUUGCAAGCAACAAACUUUAUAUCUUAUGAUAAUAAGGAGUCAGUGUGAACGACUGUACUCACCACAUUAAUGAAUAUUGUAUUUGAUAACUAGUGCAUUAAAUUUGUGACCACCACUGUGAGCCAGAGCCUUUAUUUCUUGGAAUGCAAGUUGCCUCCAUACAUGUUUAUUUAUUACUGACAAACGCACCUGCUGCCGCCCUUGAAAGUGUACCUGGAGAUUUCAAUGUCAUGCACAGGGCCCGCAAUUAACUCUGAACUCGGUACUCAAUCGAUGAUUUUAAACAAUGUAUAAGGUUCUGGUUCUUCCAGAUAUAUGCAGGAGGAUGUGACCAAGAAAAUACAAAAAACGUUGCUUGUCUUUUGUACUGGUUUUGAUUGCAAUUAAAGUGAGGUCCGUUUUCACUAACCCAAUAUUUUAAUUUUGUACAUAAACAAAAUUUUAUGUUCAACCUGCCAUUUAGGAUUGAUCGACAUUUAGAAAUUAAACGAGAUGAUUUGAAUAAAGUAUGAUGUGCACCUUACCUAAA